AUGGCAGAGUCAAAGGAAGGUCUUCAGAGUAUAUUAGAUAAAUUGCAUGCUUACUGUGACAGAUGGGAUAUUGGGGUCAGUGUUGCGAAAACGAAAAUCGUUGUAGUUAGAAAAGGAAGUCAAAGAAAUUGCCUGGGUAAUUGGAAAAAGUUUAGAGGAAACUGUUAUAUGCUUCUGUCUAAGAAACAGAACCAGGAAUCUGGAAAGAUUGCGUGCAAAUUGCUGAAUGGAAAUUUGGCUGACAUAACAUCUGAAAGUGAAAACACCUGGCUUCAUAAGACUUUUAAUGGUUUAAAGGACACCGCUUGGAUCGAUGCAGCAGACAGAGCGAAGGAGGGAGAGUGGAGGUGGUCCUCCACUGGGAAGUUGUUGAAAUUUACUGCUUGGCUGAAAGGAGAACCAAACAACUCAAAUGGAAAAGAACACUGUGCUGUUGCUUAUACAACGGGAGGAAAAUGUGCUUGGUACGAUGUGCCAUGCAGUUUCAGUCGUCAAACUUUGUGCAAGAAGAAAGCAUAA